AGAUAAAACAUGGCAAUGCGGGAAACUUGGGUUGAGAUUCACAAUUUUUCUCUAUCUUUCAUUUAGGAGAUAGAGUUCGUCUUUUGUGUUACAUGACAGAAAUAGAUAUUUUCUCGCCUGAGCUCAUGAAAAUUAAUCAUCGUUCUGUUGUCGUGUUACAAUGCUCCCCUAUUCUGCAUGGUCCGAAGUUCUCUUGGAGAUUGCGGCAACACUUUGAUAGUUGGGGAGAGAGAGGGAAAGAGAAAGGAAGCGCGUGGCGCCCGGUACUUAAGAAGACUGCCACUGGUGGUGGAGUGGAUUUAUCGUGAGAGCUUCCUUACCUGUAGGACACUCCAACGGGGGCCCUCACAAAGAUUUAGCUUUGACUAUUGAAAGAGAGGAACUCGGUCCACUCAUUCAUUCAUCGACUCACUUGAAGCUACGAGUACUUGAUAAGCGCUCUCCAUACCAGAUAGAGAGAGUCCUUUUCUUUUUUUCUCCCACGGUGGGAGCUUCAGUAUCAAACCUCUUCCAGUGCCGUUGAUGCCUGGUUUAUCUUCUUCCAAGAAAUGUCAUAUAGCCCCAAACAGACCACUUCGUUCUCUGUCACCGAUAUCUUAACACCCCUUGAAGAGAGUUUCAGACGGUCUAUGUUAGAUAGUCCAGGAUCCGCCUUUCCAUCGGUCUUCUCAGCCUCACCGAGCAUGCAAUCGGCUUACCGUUCCCCUCAACAUUCGGCUCAUCAAGGCAUGCAAGUCUCGCCGAUGAACAUGGCUUCGGCCAACAACCCAUACGCCCACAUGCACGUCCCUCAGCUGUCUCAUAACUAUUGCAACGGAUCGGUCGGGGAACUUACCCCGCACUACAGCGAUCAUCGUCCGUCAGCGGCGAGCUGGUACCACGGCGCCAGCCCCGACCCACGUUUUACAAUUUCCCGUUUGAUGAACCACUCAUCCACAAUGAACAUGAAUAUGAAUAUGAACAUGAAUAUGAACAUGAAUAUGAACAUGUCCACACUAUCCGCAGUUGGCAGUGGGGAUCUGGGCAAGCCGCUACUACCGUCCCAUCGCCGAAAGCGCCGGGUGCUGUUCUCCCAAGCCCAGGUGUACGAGUUGGAGAGGCGUUUCAAGCAACAGAAGUACCUAUCAGCGCCGGAGAGGGAACACCUUGCUAAUCUCAUCAACCUGACUCCAACCCAAGUCAAGAUCUGGUUCCAGAAUCACCGCUACAAGAUGAAGAGGCAGGCCAAAGAGAAGAACAUGCAGGAUAGCAACACCAUUUGUCAUCAAUCUCCUCGAAGGGUGGCGGUUCCAGUGCUCGUCAAAGACGGUAAGCCUUGUAAUGGAAGCGGUGGAGGAGGGGGUGCAGGGGGAGAUUUAACCGAUGAUGAUGAGCGCAGUCUCAGUGAACAGGUGGAGGGGGUUAACGACCAGGGCGUGGUCGGUGGUCCCCAACAACCGCAGCCGCAGCAGCACCAGCAAGCCAACGCCACGCAAUCCAUGACAUCGCAGCAAGCCGCUGCAAACCACCACGUUAGCAUGAAAGCGAGUCCCGUGGAGCCGAGCUCGUGCGGGAUACCCAUCAGCAUCCCAUCCAGCGAUUCAGGCAUCGGGCUCAGUCCUGUUUCCGUCCAUGCGCAUCAUCAACACCCUCAAAGCCAAGCUUCGUUGCAUCAUCAGGCAAGUGCCAUGCACAGUCUUUAUAGCCCCAGUGCAGGGGCCACUGGUAUGACCCAUAAUGGUGCUGUCAAUAACAUGUCGGCAACGGCCCCUUUUCUCCUUCACGGUAGAACGUGGUAAAACAUUUUAUGGACAAAGGUAUAUUCAUGAGGACAGAAAUGAUAUGAACUAAACAUAGACCGACAUAGACAUCCUACCCAGAUUAUCAUGAUUAUGUUUCCUCAUGCAACGAUCACAAAGUAGAUAUGCACUGCAGAUGUGAACACUCAUAGAACAACUAGUAAUUAAAAUCAUGUAGAUUGUCAAUCAUUGGAUGUUAAUGACAAUUUUUAAAAAAUGAACAUGAUCUCGGGUGAUGCAACUUAUGUAAGUUUGCGAAGCCAAAUUGAAUUGAUAUAAUUAUUUGUUUUGUUUACAAAUGGAGAUAUCACUGUCAAUAUUUUUCACCACAAAGUGAUUUAAAAAUUAUACUUCGUUUUCAGUCAUGUUAAGUAACUGACCAACUAAAGUAACAUAUUGUAACAUACACUAUAAAAGAAAGAUUGAGUAAAAAUUUACCAAAUAUUACGAUAAAAGGACACGUGCAUAGUUUGUUGUGCAUAUUUUGUCCGAUAAGAGGCAACUGCUUUUUUUAGUAGGUUAAUUUCAAUGCAACCUUGGGUAAAAUUUACUCAGUAUUUGGUAUCAUUUUACCCAACAAACACGUAUGUUCUAAUUUUACCCAAUAUUGGCCAAAAUGUUUAGAGGUAGAUUAAUUUCAUGAGCGGCAAACUGUUCUCACGCGAUAAAUCAGGAAUUCAAAAGGAGUUGAAAAUAUUUAUCCUUUUGGGUUAUAAAAUACUUAUUUAACAGGUUGAAUGGUUGCACAUGAAUGAGUGAUGUACUACAAGUUUUCAUUCCAGAAAUCAUGAUUUGAUCCUUUCCUUUUCAAAUAAAAUUAAAUCAGUAUUAUUGUUGAAUUUAGAAAAUUUAGUCAUUUGUAUACUUUCAAAUUUUCUUGGUCAAUGCUAUACUAUGAUUUUAUUUUAUAUUUUCAGCUGGGAAAAUGGAAAAAAAUGUUUUUUGUUAUUAAUAUCACAAGCUGCAGUGUUAAAUAAAUAGUUAAGUUUGUGGCCAGUGACAUGAGAUUAUUAUAUGGGAAUACGGUUCCAGAGUAUAUCUGUAAAUAGAUUUUGGUGUAUUAAAAGGAAAGUAAGAUUAUGGGUUCAUUUUCUUUUAAUAAUUAUAUUGUCAGGGAUAGUUUCGCAUUUAACGACAACCUAGUAUACUCCUCAUGGACGACUCACACAUUGCGCCAAGAUUAAUUUUGUUGUAAAUGAUAUAUAUUUCUCUUUUUUUAUUGUCACUUUUCAUGUUAAAUGUACAGAAGAGGUAUCAAAAAAUGUUGAUAAUACUGAUUUUGUCUGUUAUAUUGUGUAAAGAUCUCAGUCCUGGUGAUUGAUAUGUCAUUUAAAAAUGUAAUUUAUGAUUUAUAUAUUAUUUUCAUUGUGCUUUCCAUGCUGAAGGAAAAGUAUUUGAUUUGAAUUUAUUUGUGUUACGAUGAUCGUUAUUGCAUGAAUGUUAGUUCUGGACACAUUUUUUUUUCAUUGUUUAUGUGAAUUUGCAUAAUGCAUGUUUUUCCAGGUCAGACAGUUUCUAAUUAUUUUUCUCUAGUGAAUAUUGUAUUUGGCAUCAAAUUUCAUAAACAAAAGUCAACGAAUUUCAAAAUUUUGAUACUGACAAAUUAUCAUAAAAUAUUCGUCUUACAAUAAUCAACAUUAUAUUUGUUUCAGAUCAUGUUUUUUUUUCUCUCUCUUUAACUAUAAAAACACUAUGGCAGAUUCAGCACCCCCCCCCUUCCAUACAUAUCUCUGCUGAUGACUUCUUUAUUGCGAUGAAAAUUGAUAUUGAGGGCAAAAUUAAUUUUUUAUAUUUUGUCUUCUUUAUCUCCUACAUUUCUUUAUUUUCCCGAUAUUAUUCUCUCUCCAAAAUGUCGGCGACAAUAUUGUAACCACAAUAAGCCUUAAGCGAAUGAUUUUGAUCAAUUAUGUGAAUAUUUGCCUUAAAUUCAAGUUGUAUUGGUUAAAAUUCCAUUUUUGAAAAAUUUUAGUCUGAUAUGCAGGUAAAUAUCAUGGAUAAUUUAAAGUCGUGCAUGUAGUCGGGUGUCGUAAAUUAGGUCUCGAAACUUGUACGAGUCUCACACAAAAAAAGGGGUCAGAAAACGUCCCGACGAGAGCUCCCAUGUAUAAUAUAAAGCUCCCUUCAGACUUUUUAGGGUUUAAACAGGCCGGGAUUAUAAUUCCAGGAACAGUUUGAAAAUCAAUCAAGUUUGUAUGACACGUUUGUAUGAAAUGAGCCUGUGAAAUUUAAUUCACGUAACACUCAUAUGUAAUUGUAUAAUGGCAAAUCGCACUUCGAUAUUUCGUUAUCGCGCAAUAGUGAUUUGAUUUUGUUACCAUAGUUACCGGCUGCAUCAUUUUAUCAUGAUUAUCCGAGACGGCUCUGAGUUAAAUGUGGAAUAAUAAAACGAUUUUUCUUAUUCAUCUUUGGUUACAUUGAAGCCUUGAUCGCGCAAUUAAGAUAUGAAAGCAACAGGGAACCCUUUUUUUAUCGCUGGGUCAGGCAUUUACUAACACAGCAUUAUUGGACAGCGAAGAGGCAUAAAACAGAAAAAUGAAAUGUUGUAUACGGACCAUGUUUAUCAGUAUGGUCUCAUGGACGGGUGUUUCUAAACGAAGGAACCAAAGUGCAUCCUGUUCAUGAAAGAAGAAAUUUUCAUUAUUUAUGUUUCAAUGACAGAACGUCUAAUUAUGCUAGUCAUAAGAACCCGAUUUAAGAAAACAUUUAACAUUGAGCAUCCGGUAAUAUUGAAAUGAUUUGUUGGGAAACUCGUCGUUGUGGAAAUAACCUCGAUUACGAUCGCUAUAUGUAUGCAAGUAAAUGAUAAUUAUUAUUUUCUGUUAACAAUAUUCAUCGAUGUGUAGCCACUAUAUGUACCAUAUAGAUUCCGAACCUGAUUGAUGCCAAUGUUCAUCAUAAUGAAUUUCUUACAUAAUUACUUUAUAGUGAAUGUCUUCUUUUUUUUCGAUAUGUAAGUCUGUCUGGAAUCGGCCUCGUGGAUGUGACUUCAGUACCGUAAAGGAAAUCCGAUUCGCUUUAUCAAAAUGGUUUGUUUUAGCAUUGAUGGAUGGGGUACUCUUGAUAUUAUGUUUUGUCCUUUUAUUAAAUUGGAGAAUCACACCUAA